AUGACAUAUAGAUCGGUAGCCUACUUUGUUAACUGGGCCAUCUACGCCAGAAAGCAUCGCCCCCAGGAUCUUCCCGCCCAGAACUUGACACACAUCUUGUACUCUUUUGCCAAUGUCAGACCGGAAAGUGGCGAAGUCUACCUGACCGAUGGUUGGGCAGACACCGACAUUCACUUUGAGAACGACUCUUGGAACGACUCCGGCACCAACCUCUACGGCUGCUUGAAGCAGCUCAAUCUUUUGAAGAAGCAGAACCGUAACCUCAAGGUUCUUGUUUCCGUUGGAGGAUGGACCUACAGCGCAAACUUCCCCGCCCCUGCAAGCACACCGCAAGGCCGCGAGACAUUUGCCAAGAGCUGCGUAGAGCUACUCAAGACUAUGGGCUUUGACGGCAUCGACAUUGAUUGGGAGUAUCCCAAGAACGCCGAUGAAGCUCGCAACUUUGUUGAGCUGCUCGCCUGCGUGCGCAAGGAAAUGGACGACUACGCCAACAGAACCAGCGGCGGUCACCACUUUGAGCUCACAGUUGCGUGCCCAGCCGGCCCCGACAACAUUAACAAGCUUGAUGUCGGAGGCAUGAGCCAAUACGUUGACUUUUGGAACCUGAUGGCGUACGACUACGCUGGCUCCUGGGACCAAAACAGCGGCCACCAGGCCAACCUGUACCCCAGCCGCUCCGUCCCUACCUCUACCCCGUUCUCCACCACUGCCGCCAUUGAGCUAUACCAGCAAAAGGGUGUCCCUUCGAACAAGAUUGUUCUCGGUAUGCCGCUAUACGGUCGUACUUUUGAGAACACCGACGGCCUCGGCAAGCCCUACAACGGCGUCGGCCCUGGAACAUGGGAGGCCGGUGUCUACGACUACAAGAAGCUUCCUCUUGAGGGUUCUGAGGAGCACACCGAUGCUGAAGCCGUCGCUAGUUACUGCUACAACCCUGGAUCUCGCGUCCUUGUUACCUAUGAUACCAAGGCCAUGGCUAAGACCAAGGCCGAGUACAUCAAGCAGCGAGGCCUUGGUGGUGGUAUGUGGUGGGAGAGCAGCGCUGACAAGUCUGGCGAUGAGAGUCUGAUCAAGACAGUUGUGGAUGAGUUCGGCGGUCCCAAUGGUCUCCUCCGCCAGGACAAUUGCAUUAGCUAUCCUGAGACCAAGUAUGAUAACUUGAGAGCUGGCUUCCCGUAA